CCUGUCCUUUCACUAAUCCUUGCAUAUCCCUUUUAUCUCGGGACUCACAGCAGUCUGGUCACUAUGGGACAGCGAAGCGGUGGGACAGAGCCAUACGGAUGAUGUUCUUGUAAAUGAGAGACGAAAAGCAAGUCUGCGGGCGCAAACUGGGCGCAUGUAGGCGCGUAUGCGUCAAAGUGGGCCAAAAUGUUCCUCGUUCUGCUCCUGGGUCUCUGCGUGGCCACAGGUGAACUUGUCUCCCCAGUGAGCUCCUGUCCGUCACAGUGCAGCUGUUUCUACCACAACUUGAGUGACGGAUCCAAGGCCAGGAGCGUGAUCUGCAAUGAUCCAGAGAUUUCUCUCGUGCCUGUCGGGUUCCCUGUUGACACGUCCAAGCUGCGGAUUGAGAAGACAGCCAUCAGGCAGAUACCAAGCGAAGCCUUCAACUACCUCUCCAGUCUGGAGUUCCUGUGGAUGUCUUUCAACACCCUGUCCGCCUUGAACCCGGACAGUUUCCGGGGACUGUUCAGCCUGGAGGAGCUUCGUCUUGACGGGAACGUCCUCGCCGCCUUUCCCUGGGAGUCUAUCGUGGACAUGCCCAGCCUCAGACUCCUCGAUUUGCACAACAACCAGCUCACCUCUCUGCCCGCCGAGGCCACCACUCACAUCAAGAACCUCACCUACCUGGAUCUGUCCAGCAACAACCUGCUGACCCUGCCUGCUGAGGUGCUGUCCACCUGGCUGGUGGUGAAACCGUCGCAGGGACCAGAGAGCUCCAAAAUGAUUCUGGGUCUCCAUGACAACCCCUGGGUGUGUGACUGUCGGCUCUACGACCUGGUCCAGUUCCAGAAGUCUCCAACUCUCUCGGUGGCGUUCAUCGACACAAGGCUCCGGUGUUCGGCUCCGGAGAGCGUAUCAGGGGUUUUGUUCAGCGAUGCAGAGCUGCGGCGCUGUCAGCUUCCACGCAUCCACACUGCUGUGGCACGGGUCAGGAGCGCCGUAGGAAACAACGUGCUACUCCGCUGUGGGACCAUUGGAGUCCCAAUACCAGACCUAACAUGGCGCAGGGCGGAUGGACGAGCCCUCAAUGGAACAGUCCAGCAGGAAACCUCAAAGGAGGGAAUCACCUGGUCCAUUCUCAGUGUUCCGGCUGUGUCCUACCGUGAUUCAGGGAAAUACAUCUGCAAGGCCACUAACUAUGUGGGGAAUGCAGAGGCUGUCAUUUCUCUCAUCAUCUCUAACUCACCAAAGCCAGACGGCAACCAAACCAGUAGUGACAAGAAAGCCAGAGUCAAGAAACCCAACCAAAUGGGUAAAGCUGCCUACCAGGAGAAACUGGUGGCCAGAUACUUGGUUCCAACCUUCACCCCUUCUUCCCUGCCUGUUCUAGAUCCUGGCUUUCCACCUGAGCCUGAACGAGCCACUUACAGCUUGGCUGACAGAGGCACACUGGGCCCAGACGUGUCCUCCAACCCAGAGUCUCUGCUGGAUCUGGAGAAGACAAAUCUGAGCAACUUGGCAGCUAACACCUCAUCACUGCAGCAGGACCCGGACAGGGUCGUCCGCUCAGUGAAGGUCGUCGGGGACACAGACAAUACUAUCUCUCUAAACUGGAGAGCCCCAAAAGCAAAGAACACCACAUCAUUCAGUGUGCUGUAUGCUGUCUUUGGAGAGAGGGACAUGAGAAAGAUCAAUGUUGGCGCUGGACAGAACCGUGUGACCAUCGAAGGGCUGGUGCCCAGGACCAAGUACAUUGCUUGUGUGUGUGUGAAGGGGCUGAUCCCCAAGAAGGAGCAGUGUGUAAUAUUUUCCACUGAUGAAGCAGCGAGUGCUACUGGCACCCAGAGGCUGAUUAACGUGAUUGUGAUCACAGUGGCCUGUAUCAUCGCCGUCCCUCUUACUGUCAUCGUAUGCUGUGGUGCUCUAAAGAGACGCAUUCAGAAGUACUGUGGAAAGAAAUCCAAGGACAUCCAAGAUUCAUAUGUGACCUUUGAAACGCUGUCACCUGGUACGAAGGCCAAGGGGCUCGAGGGCGAGUAUUUGAACAGACUGAACCCAGAGGAGUCCAACAGGCUGCUCUCGGCCCGCUCCAGCCUGGAUUCUGAAGCUACGGCUAAGAUAGAAGGACAACCUAAUGAGUACUUCUGCUGACAUCACGCUCCAGCUCCAGCUACUGCUCCGCGCCAUCUUCCUCGCAAUCACCCAUAUCCUCGAUCAAGUCAACACACCAACACCCACUCGCAUAGCCGUUAUCAAUCCCACCCUCAGCCACAUUUCCACCCGCAGCCCUUUCCCCAACACCAUUCACACUCUCACCCUCAGCGACAUGCUGAUGUCAGUCCCCCUCCCACCCACUCUCAUACGCCCACACCGUGGGAUUCUCCUCCACCCGUUCCUGCUCGCUGGAUUACACCACCAACUCCACCGCCGCAGAGAGCCAACUUCUAUCAAAGGACGUUUGCACGAUGCACAAUCAUGGAAAUAUCAGUUUAGAGAAUAUUUAAAAAGGGUAGCCCGUAGCUUUCAGACGUAGACAGACGUCCGUCAUGUACAAACCAUUGUUAAAUAAGUUCACACCAUGCUGAUUAAGCCUAUCAGCUCCACAUGACUCUCUCUAUGUUUCUCUGUAUAGCAGUGUUUGGAUCUUGUGUCACCCAGCGACAUUCCUGUGCUGCACACUAGGGCUGUCACUUUUUCCAAUAAUCAUGACGGCAGGAAUAUAAGACGACUUACUAUUUAAUAUUGGAUAUUUCUCUCCUCUCUCUCACUCCAACCCACCCACCCACAAACACACACAUCUAAGUGCCUAACCUUAACCCUUAUCCCUACCCUUACCCUUACCCUAACCUAAACUCAAUUCUAACCAUAAAACCAGGUCUUAACCCUAAAAAAACACUAUAUGGUUAUGGGGUCCAGACAAAAUGUCCCCACAAAGAUAGGUUUUUACAUUUUUUGGACCUCACACCUUGGUAAUUACUUUACACAUUCUGAAGCCCUUGUAGGCUGUAUGCUUUAUAAUUGGACAGGGUCUAUAAGGUUCAAGACCCAGGUUUUGAGCGGACAUCCAAAUUUUGGAUAAAAAAGUGACAGCCUUACUGCACACAGGAAGUGAUUCCUUUUAUAUUAAGACAGACAGUCACAAUUGCACAAGUACCCUAACCCUAAGCGUGAUGUCUAAAGUUUGGUUUAUGACUGAAAACACAAGGAACCGCCCCUGAAAGCUUUCAGGCAUGCAUUCUACUGCUCACAAACCUGGUCGUUGUCAUAAAUGCUUAGCGUCAGUGUAUACACACAAACACUCCCUCUGUCAGCUUUGAAUAACACAGAUGAACAACGCGUUGUACAAAUAAUGUGACAUUGUUUCACACAAAUCACAAAAAAAGCUGUGCACUGCAGCUUUCAAUAUUUCAAAUGACUUUAUUUUCCAGUUUUAAAAUGAAACACACUGAUGUAGUAUAAUGAGAGUAGAAAGACACACAUGCUUUAAUGUCUAAAAUAAUGGGGUUUUUUUUUAAAGAAAAAAAGUCAAAUUAUCUUUGAUUAGUGUUUCAUUUCACUCACAUGACCCAGCGAAGAAUCCUCUGCAACCUCAUCUGAUUUAAAGGGAACACAAUGGUAGAUACUAUAGAUACUAUUGUUUGUAUGGUUUGUAAAUACAUGACAGGACGUUGUACACUUACACACACAGUUAAGUCUGUGCCUCUGCAUAUAUCUGUCAUAUGUUCUCAGAGAGAAGAUAUAUACACAUAGGCACGGUGCAACAUUCAAAGUGGCGAAUGGACAAAAGGCUGGAGCUGGAGAGAAGUACCGAAUGGACGGAACUAUGACGCAGUGUAAAUAGUGUGGUGCAAAAAUGAUGAAU